AUGAGGGUGCUGCGACGUUUAUUGUGUUUUUUUGCUUUCUUGCUGAGUCUUGUCUCUCUCUGCGUGUUCGCUGGCGAGGCUGCUGCACUUUCUGAAGUUGAGUCUGAUACUCGUUGCCCUUCUGAUUCUUCUGGGUCUGAAUGUCCUUCUUCUUCUGCAGCUGUACCUGUUCAUCCCCCUGCACCUGGUGUUCAUCCUUCUGCUGAUUCUACUACUUGCACGACUUCCUCUGGUGCUUCGACUGGUACACCGUGUACUACUUCUGAACAUAAUAGUGCUGAGCGUCCUGAAGAACAGAAAAACGGUGAUGGAACAUUAUCUGAGCAGAGAGAUGGCCGUGAUGCUAUGCAGAAUACAGAUGCUGGGAGAGAAGAUAACACACAAUCUGAAGACUCACAGAAGAAUACAGAAGGAGAGAAGAAAGAACCUCAAAAUGAACCACAACCCAAUUCUUCCGAUGGAUCCAAUACAAAUGGUUCUGGCAGUCAAGAACACAGUGCUGCGACGGUUCAGGAACAGAACACUGCUACACAGGAAUCUCAACAACAAAACGAUACAACUGAGAACGAUAACACAGCGAGUACGAACUAUGAAACUCCCAAUACACCACGUAAUGAGGAAUCAACUACAACCACCACCACCACCACCACUACAACAACAACACUUCCUCCUGAACUCACAAACAACAAGAAGGGUGAUGCAGACAGCAGCAGCAGUAUCAGCAGUUCUGUGUGGGUGCGUGUACCACUA